AGCUCCCAGCUAGGCCGUAUGCCCCAUUGGCCUAGCGGAAGGGAAGGACUGUCAGGCCGUAUGCCUAUGGGUACAGAUUUUUUUGACAAAGUACAGGCUGACUCGGAGACUUGGGACCUUGGCUUCGUCUUUUAAAAAAGUGCUGUAAGUGACAAAUGCGUGAACAAUCGAGAUUAUAGAUUUUACGCUUUUUUUAAUGUUUUUUUGUAUUGUGUUUUGUGAAGUUUUUAUGAUGAAACAAGAAUAUAUAUGGAAUAUUAUGUGUCCAAAACGCUGAAACACAUGCGCCUCUCUUUGUUUUAUUUUAUAGUUCCCAAUCAAAAUACCCAUCUCAAUCACUUCUAUCACAUCCUCCCCCUCGCAGAUAGCCAUUUGAAAUGAUACCAUAAACCAACCCAACAACUCCUCUUUGAACUGAUCACUCUCCCAAAUCCCACUCCACAGCCCAACAAUGCUCUGUUUCUUCCCACACUCUCUGCUUCUUCUUCUUCUUCUUCUUCUUCUUCUUCCUCUGUUUUCACUUCCCUCUGCUUCCUCCUCCUCAACCAUGGCUGCAAUGAAUGUUGCAGCACCCAAUUCCAUGCUUCCCUUUGAAGCUGAGACUCUUUUCAAGAUCAUGGAGUCCUUGUCCUCCGAUAAAAACUGGCGGCUCUCUCACCCCAACCCUUGUCAGCCAGGCGCCUCAUGGCCUGGAUUGGAGUGCAUAUCAGCUCCCAAUAACAGUAAUCUCCUUCAUGUCUCAAGGCUUGACUUUGGUACCUCCCCUAAUCCUACUUGCAAACCCACUGCCACAUUCCCUUCAUUCAUCUUUGAUCUCCCUCUUCUUCAUUCUCUUUUCUUUUUCAAUUGUUUCACUCACACCAACACCACUCUCUCUGUUUCCCCUACAGCCUUCUUGAAUUCCUCCUUACAACAGCUUAGCUUCCGAUCCAACCCGGCGCUUGUCGGUCCGAUCCCGCCUCGACUUUCUUCCCUUGAGUCCUUGAAGAUCCUCACAUUGUCUCAGAACCGCCUUUCUGGGACGAUUCCGCCUCAGAUUUUCGGCUUGGUUUCCUUGCUGCACCUUGACUUGAGCUACAAUUUGCUCACAGGCACCAUACCAAUUCAGUUGGGUAAGCUCAGAAGCCUUGAAGGACUGGACUUGAGCUAUAAUUCACUCACUGGACCAAUCCCAACCUCAAUUGGCCAACUGGGUCUGCUUCAAAAACUUGACUUGAGCUCCAAUUCACUCACAGGCAACAUCCCUGAUACUAUUGAGAAGGUGAAUUCAUUGGUGUUUUUGGCUUUGAGCAGCAACCAACUUGGUGGGCACUUCCCAAAAGGAUUGGAAAAGUUGCAGAACUUGCAAUACUUCAUCAUGGAUGACAAUCCAAUGCAAAUUCCUCUGCCAUUACCUGUUGGUAAACUAAUGAAACUUCAAGAACUCAGGCUUGCAAGCUGUGGCUAUUCUGGCAUCAUUCCACCAAGUUUUUCACUGCUAAAAAACUUGACCACUUUAUCAUUGCAAAACAAUCAUUUAAGUGGCCAGAUCCCUGUUGGAUUCAGUGGUCUUUCUCACAUAUAUCACUUGAAUCUCAGCAGAAACUCCCUCACCGGCGCUGUGCCUUUCAACUCAAGUUUCUUGAAAAGGCUGGGCAAAAACUUGGAUCUCAGUGGCAAUCCAGGCCUUUGCUUUAGCCCUUCUGAACCCACUGCCCAGAAAUUUGGUGUCAAUGUCUGUGGAAGCAAUCAGGAAGAUGGCUCGUUCAUCCAACCAAUGAACGAAUCUCCUGCUAAAUCAAGCUUCUGUAAUCCUUUUGCUUUUGUUAUUUGUUUGUUUUUGCAUCAUUUAAUCUUCCAUUAUGAUCUCAUUCUUGUUUAAAUUGAUUCAUUCUGCUU